GUGCACAACAUAUCCUACCUAUCUGGAAACCAAAGGCUGGAGCCUGAAGAGCAGCGAGAGGAAAGAUGGACGGAGUAGGCUCCUUUGGCGCUGGUAGAGCAGGGGCUGCCUUCGACCCUAUUGCUUAUGUCCAACAGCCGACGACAAUCCUCAGAAUAGUAGCCUGGAUUUUUUCCAUAGUUGUGUUUGGGUCCAUUGUGAACGAGGGCUACAUCAACAUUGGGAGCGAGAGACUGUACUGCGUCUACAACAAGAACAACGAUGCCUGCAACUUCGGGAUCACCAUCGGCCUCAUAGCCUUUUUGGCAUGCCUCUUCUUCGUCGCCUUGGACGUCAAGUUCCAGCAGAUCAGCAGUAUCAAAGACAGGAAGAAGGCAGUGAUGCUUGAGAUUGGUUUUUCAGGUUUCUGGACAUUCAUGUGGUUUGUCAGCUUCUGCUUCCUGGCUAACCAGUGGAGUCGCACCACCCCAGACGAGUUGCCCUUGAACCAGGGGGCAGAUGCUGCCCGUGCUGCCAUUGCCUUCUCCUUCUUCUCCAUUUUCACCUGGGCUGGUUUGACAGUGAGAGCUGUGCAGAAGUUCCUUCUGGGGACCGAUAUGAGCCUCUUCACCACGGAACACUUGGAUGGCAACGCCACCAUCCAACCAUACCCUGCCGGCACCGUCACCGGGGCUGAGACCACUGACACAUACCAGAGCCCCCCCUUCACCGAGAACCUGGACUCUACCGCCCCUUACCAGGUGCCCAUCUACUAGAGGUGGAGCUCAGUGGCAUCAAAGUGGAGCAGGUCCAACCAAAUGUGUCUGUGUUAAGGGGAGGUUUGGGUGAGCGUGCGGGUGGUUGGGGUGGGGGUGGGGGGAAUGGGCGGCUCACCCGCUCACGGUGGUGUAACAGUGUUCAUAGGUAGUGCUGUGCUGUGAUCCUCUGUGCAGGUUUUUUUCGAUCGUGGUGUCAACUUUCAUCCUGAUCUGUUUUAGGUAGUUCUGCGUUGCUAUGCUAGGUGGUACCUGAAAAUAAAUAUACACACACUCCGCAUCUUACCCAUAGGCAAAAAAGCCAUCAAAGGGUCUCUCUGACAGCAUCAGACCUUAGGGCAAAGUGGAAUUAAAUUGACCUGGUAUAAAAGGAAGUAUAUUUGAUGUGUGAUAUAAUGUUAUUUCAAGUGUUCCAACCUGUUGGGUCUUGGGAGAGAAUAUUAUUUGUGUUGCAUGUAUUAAAAAUGUACACAUGAAGUGCCAUGCAUCAGGACAUCUUGAACUACUGGGUCUCCAUAUGCUGUAGACAUGCGGUCACGUGCAAUAUACUUAAAAUAGAGAAUUAUCAAACUGUCUGAAAUCAGUCCUCAAAUUAAAACUAUUAUAUACAUUUUAAAGAGUAUGUUUACAAAAGCUGCCAAACUGUCCAAUUUUGUUGACAAUUAUUUUUUUCUUUUUCUGUGCGUGAGGAGUAGUCUUCCCAAGGGGCGUUUUAUUGCCCCCGGAUGCUACGGAGUAGACCAUUGUGGCGUGAUGCAGGGUCAUUCAGUGUCAACAGGUAGACAUUGCAAGUUCAGUGUUGGGAAUUUUUAUUUGUGCAGUCGAUGUACUUUCGGUAGACCUGUGUAGGAACUGGGAGCUGCGAUUUCUCUUUUUUUCUUCUUGUCUGUGUGGUGGUGUUCAGUGAACUUGAGUGGUCAGUCUGAUCCGGUGUUGACAAUAACACGUUUUGGGUCAAGAGCUCAGUAUUAAACAUUGAGGUCUUAUAAACCGAGUAUGGCAUAAAGGUUUAGCUGAUAAGGUAGAGAUUUGUUUUUCUCUGACACACUCAUGACUGCCUUCUGUUACCUUUUGUGCACUCCUGGACAAAUGUGUAGUGACAAAUAUAAAGAUGCAUGCAGUAUUUGAAAAACAUUUAACUUGUCCCUGCUCAAUUCAAGGCAGCAGAAAUAUCAAGAGCUGAUCAGAUUAAGUGUCAGGAAUAUAGAUCAGUGAGGCUAAUUCACUAUGAUGCUUCAACACAGGAUUUAUGUUCAAGAUCAACCCAGUAAAUAUAGUUGUGUGACGAGACAAGUUGAUCAGAAAAAAAAAAUCCUUCUUCAAAAUAAGUUCUUGCAUCCCUAAAAGAUGAGAUUUUGCAGAUGGGUGUAACUAAGUUUCAAAGGCAUUUGGUAAAUCAUCCGUGCUUAGUCUUAUGUGGUAGAUCAUUUCAAAUGUAUCUAUGUUCUGAGGCCAAUGUACACAGAGUAAUUGAUUGUGACACAGUACAUUAUAAAUGGAGUACGUUUGUGAAUCUGGUCAGGGUCUCGUGUUUCCUGUUUUAACACUGCACUCUUGUUAAACUGCUUCAUGGACCAAUUUUUUACAGCUCUCUGUUCUCUUUUUAUUUUGUAAACACAUAAUAUCCUCAGGCGUGAUGGCCCAUCUUGUCUGUAAAUGCUGUUCAUAGAGGACUUAUUGUUGUCAAACUGAAUGUCUUUGGACUGCAGGUGUCUGACAUUAUGGAAAUAAAAAAAAAAUGUUUUUGA